CAAAUGUCAGAUUUCGUUGAGGUUAUAAUUUCAAUAAUAACAUUAUUUUGUACAAAUUACAUUUUUAGGAAUAUUUUCUGUAUUACAAAAUGAAUCUUAUUCGAAGAGGGUUAUCCCUAGUCUCCGCUGGAAUUAGGACUCAGUAUGCAGCAAUUACAGCACCCAUCUCACCAGUUCUCAAGCCACUGGCAGUACCAUCUUUACUCCCACCAUCAGGACAGUCGCUCCUAGCAAAGACCAUGGCGUCGCUAGCACAGAUGCACCGCACGGGUCCACAUAUCAAGCACAGAAAGUCGAGGAACCCACUCAAUGGGAACCCUUUCGCUAAGGGUGUCGUCCUAAAGACCCUCAUCAAAAAGCCUAAGAAGCCAAACUCUGCCAACCGCAAGUGCGUGCUAGUCCGUCUGUCUAACGGCAAGGAAAUGGUGGCCUACGUGCCGGGCAUCGGCCAUAACCUGCAGGAACACAACAUUGUACUGGUUAGAGUGGGGAGAUUAAAGGACUGUCCCGGCGUGAAGCUGAAGUGCGUGCGCGGCGUGCACGAUCUGCCCCACGUCGUCAAACCGAAGCCUUAACUCAACCACCCUGUAUAGUUAGAUCGUAGCCCAAUAAAUAUGUUAUAAGGA